AUGAUGAUGCCAGAAGAAUAUCGCUCUUCCUCGUAUGCUAUGGCCAUUCAAAUGCGCCUCGUUAUUUCAUUUGGAGGAGAUGGAUGGAGAGAAGAACGGAGAGUGCACCCAACGCAACUAAGCGUCAGCGGUCGAAGCCAAGCGCCCGAUAUAAUAUCUCCCGAGACCCAGGUCUAUAUCAUUGUAGGAAGUGCAAAUAAAAUUCGAGGCUGUCAGCAAUGCAAACAAGCUUUGACCGAUGCCUUUUUGAUACCACCCCUCUGGUGGGCCGAUCAUAUUCGGAAAUCAAACGGGUACUUUGGCUGUGAGGCGACCCGCGAUGCAGAGACAACUACCGGAUUAAAUACAUGGGCAUUCUUCGAGUCUAAGAGACUAACGCCUGAUAAGAGCUAUCAUUGGUCCAAGAUCAACGUCUUUACACGAUGGCUAAGCGCCAAAAAUCAAACUGGCAUUCUGAUCUUCGAUCUCAAUGAGUACACGCCCCAUCCAUGCGCGGAUUUGGUCCCAGAGAACCACCUCCUCAGUGAUCCAUUUUGGGUAUACCCUCAUAUUCUAAACUCGGUCGCCAAGCUGGAAGAGCGUGCCGUAUGGGCCAUCCGCGACCAGGUCAGGCCGAUCGAGAAAGAACAGGAAGUAGCGCGACCGCCGAAUAAAAGGCCACAACCGAACUACCGAACAUCGCACGAUAUUGCUCGACAUGCCAUACACGUCACUGAGACACUCGAUGUGGCCCUCCAGACCGUCGAGCAUAUCCUGGAAAAUCAUCGUAUCUAUAUGAGCCCAGGCUACUCAAAUCCAUUCCAGUCACACCACGAUCCUCAAAUCUGGCAGGAAAUCCAAUCGCGAUUAUCAUUUGCUCAGAACUACCUCAGCAGCAUGCGCCACCGCUCGAGCUCGAACGAGAAGAGGUUGCAAAACGAGAUUCAGCUGGCGUUCCACAUGGUUGCACAGCACGACGCAUCGGUCACGGUCAAGAUCAGCCGUGCCAUGAUGACUGAUAGUGCUGCUUUGAAGACACUUGCGUUUGUCACAUUUACGUUCCUGCCGCCAACAUUUAUCUGCGCUGUCUUCAGCAUGUCAUUUUUUAAUUACGAUCAGAGUACUGGCUGGAAGGCUUCGGGGAAGCUCUGGAUCUAUUGGGCUUUUGCAAUUCCAACAACGGUCAUCACAGCUCUCUUGUGGAACUAUUGGCAUAGGGUUCCGCCACCUGAACAAGUUCAAAAAAGGGUUGAUACAUUUGGGGACCCUGUUUAG